UGCAUUUUAGUCCAUAGUUCCGUUGAGAAAGUUUUCCUUCUUCCUCUUUGCACAACCCAAGAAUCUAACUUCUCAUUUAACCAACAAUUUCAGCUGAUUAGUUCUGCAGUUGUUCCCAUCUUAAAACUCAAAGACUGCAGUGAAGGAUUCGAGGGAGAUAUCAGUGUUGAUGUCCAGAAUGCCAUAUUCAAUACAUAUCUGCAAAAGUGUUAUGGCAGAAUGGAUCCCAGGGUCCCUCCUUUAGUGGUGACCAUCAAGUACUGGGCUCAAGUAUCUGGAAUCACUGGAGCGCUUUACCACAAACUUUCUGGUUUUGCUAUAGUUCUGUUGGUGAUUUACUAUUUACAAAGAGGCUGUAGUCCACCCGUCCUUCCAUCCUUACAGAAUUUGAAUCCAACUCACUUUACCACAUCUUCAAGCGCCAGCAGUACAGCAGAAAAACUGACCAGUGACUCUCUCCCGGCCGUUGUUACCUCAUAUAAUUCCACUAAUACAGAAACUCUUGGAGACCUACUUGUAGGAUUUUUCAAUUUUUACUGCGACUUCGAUUGGCACCAAGUAUUAUCUGUUCGUCUUGCUGGCCCAAGGAGAGUGCCUUUUGAUAAAAAGUGGACCCGCCCUCACAUUCGCAUCGAGGAUCCUUUUGAUGAAAAAAAUGUCACACGCGCCGUUUAUGUAUCCCCACAAUUCAGUGACAUUAAGCAGGCGUUUAAAACAGCAAAACGAAAGCUAGCAUAUGGUCAUUGUCGUUUGCACGAAAUUCUUUAGUUUCAAUGUGCAUCCCGGAAGUAUAGACUCAUUUGAGUCUGGAUUCACACCACAUGCUCAUGGAAGUAUGUUUUCCAUCAAAUACUGACCUUUAUAGGAGACAAAGCAUGCUGGGUCUGAACUGUUUAGUAGACAAAGAUACAACUGGGAAAAAGUAACCCCGUUAAAUUAAUAAUUUGUAGUACGAAUGACUACAAAACACACCAAAUGCAAGUUACAAAGUUAUGAAGAGAAUCCUCCAUAGAAGUGUUCUCUAACAUUAUCCUUCUUCGACUAAGAGACAGGAAACAGAUUUGAAGGGAUAACACUUGACUCCUGCCACCGUUUCUGAAUUGAAUAAGUGUCAGAGUGUCAGCUGUCAUCCCCCCCC